AUGACCGUCAAUAAAACAAGAUUAAUUACUUCAACUUCGAAGUUACAUGAUGGCCCAAGCUUUAAUAAACCAUUAACCGACAAAAUCGAGCCAUUGCAAUUUACUUUGAAAGAUAUUUCUAAGACUUCAGCAACUGCAAUUCCCGUCUUUGAUCAUUCAAUCUUAGCAAUUUCAUUGAUCGACUUCUUGAAAGAGGAAUUCAACUACGAAAUUGAAAAUGGAGAUACUUAUCCACAGUUAGGAGAAUUGUCCAGAGAUGAUUUUAUUCAUUAUUGGUUUCACUCAUUUGCUGUCAUCGCCAUUAAAGGGACAAAUCUUGAUAUAAUUUUCAGUGAAGAUACAAAUUGGUCUGAAUAUAUCUUGGGUACGUUUUAUAUUAAACCAAACUAUAUGCCUCGUUGUUCGCACAAUUGUAAUGCCGGUUUCUUGGUUAACCACAAUUUACGAGGUUUUAAAAUCGGAUACAGACUUGGCCAAAUAUAUGUUCAAUGGGCUCCUUUGUUGGGUUACACAUAUUCCGUGUUCAACUUAGUCUUUGUAACUAAUCAGGCAAGUUGGAGAAUUUGGGAUAAAUUCAAAUUUGAUAGAAUUGGUAUGGUACCAAAAGCUGCCGUAUUGAAAGGUCAUAAAGAACCAAUUGACGCAAUCAUUUUCGGUAAAGAUUUAACCAAAAUUGAACCAGAAAUAUUACAGGACUUUGAAUAG